AAUACACAGCUGCUGAAGAUGUUCUUUGGGAUUUUCGCAGAUCUGCUAUCCUCCAUCCUCACCAUUCUUUUCCCGAUCUUUGCUUCCUACAAGGCCCUUCGCUCGUCGGAUCCAUAUCAGUUGGCACCAUGGUUGAUGUAUUGGGUGGUGCUUUCUGCCAUCCUCAUGGCUGAAUCCUGGACAUACUUCAUUAUAGGAUGGAUCCCCUUCUAUAGCUGGAUCCGGCUCGGCUUCUUCGCAUACCUCGUUCUUCCGCAGACCCAGGGUGCCCGCAUCCUAUACCAAGACUAUGUCGAGCCGUUCCUUGCACACCAUGAACGAGAGAUUGAGGAAUUCAUCGGCCGUGCCCACGAACGUGCGAAGGCACUGGGUCUCCAGUAUCUUUACCAGGCCAUCGACUUCGUAAGGGAGCGCGUUCUAGGCCUUCCCCCGCAGCGACCCCCGACUCCUCCACCCGCCAGCGCAGCGUCUUAUGCACAGUCCCUCCUGUCCCGCUUCAACCUCCCUUCUGCUGUCGGUGGUACCAAUCCGGCACCUGCCAACGAUUGGUAUUCCGCAAUCAGCUCCGCGGUGGCAGCGGUGACAUCUCCAGGGAAGAGCCACGAAAGCCGUGCAGACGAACUUUCUGCCAGCGGGUCUCUUCUCCCCAGAGAGUUUGAGUCCAAAACCCGCGCAGAGAAGGCGAGCUUCUACUCCAAACAGCGCGAUAUGCUUGAUGUACUCCGUAAUGCCCUGAUAAACGAGGAACGCAACCUUGAGCACGCCGAGGAGGACCCUCUUGCCUAUGGCGGUGGUGCGCCCCUGAGAAAGAACCGCAGCGACAACUCGUUCGACCAUAUUGAGCACGAGGAUACACGGGACCGAUCACCCCGCCGUAGCGGGAACUGGUUUGGAGACGGGGAGCAGACCGGGGCAGCUUCUGGGGUGGAGUUCGCGAUGCGAACCGUGGAUGCGAUCGCUCGUGCAAGGGAAGCUCGUUAG